AUUCCAAGUUGGAUACCUGAGUACCUAGGUACAUAGUUACGUACCUGUAAAAUACCCUUACCCCUCACAGUGUGCUUCGCAUUUUCUACCUACCUACCUACGUUUCCUCAAUGAUAGGUAUAUCGGAGUAAUAGUUCGCACAUGUUACUCGUCGAAAUUUGAUAACUCCGAUCCUUGCUCGGCGCCGAUUAUGCUUCAUUGGCCGAGACGAAACUGAACGGAAUAACGAAGAAUAAAAAGAAGGAAUAAAAAAAAAAGCUGUCGCGAUCGAAUAUCGCGGGCCGGCAUUUUGUCUAUCGGUUGCAUCAUCAUUUCUACGUCUUAUCUCUAAAUUUAUCCAACUACCAGCACAGUCAAUCAACCCAUAUUUUUUUCUCCUUCUCUUACUACGUCGUAUCCCCUUGAAACCCUCUCUCGACGUCUAACUCAUCGACAUGUCUAUCGUUUCGGCUCUUAAGGGCGACUUGCCCCAGCAAGCCAGGUCACUGUACCGGCAGCUCUUACGCCAUGGCGAGCAAUUCGAGGCAUACAAUUUCAGAGAGUACGCGAAACGACGGACGAAAGACGCCUUCAGAGAAAGCAUCGAUGUGCACGAUCCCAGGGAGAUACAAACACUCAUACAAAGGGGGCUCAAAGAGUUGCAAAUGAUGAAGCGUCAAACCGUUAUCAGCAAAUUUUAUCAACUCGAUCGAUUAGUAGUCGAGGGUGGAAUUUCGGGCAAACAAAGCGGAAAAUCUGGAGAUAUUGCGCGACAAAAAGACACAGGGUGGGAUUAAUAUUACACUACCUAGUGCCUAUGUAAAAGCCACAAGUCUCGGUCUCGGCCAUGGUGUAGGGGCAACUAUCACCAUUUUCGUGCACUUUGCCUCUUCUACCCGAAACGCAUUAGCAUGUACUAUUACCACGUCGAUUACAACAAAGAGCCGCUGAAACCCGAAGCUUGCUGGCAUCUAGCCUCCUAUUCUGCGAGAAGAUCGAGGAUCAACUGAGAAGGUGAAUGGGGUAUUCCUGGACAAGGAUACGAGUCUAAGCUCGUGAGUAGAGUGCGUUACAGUAAGAUCGCUUGACAUAGAACAUUACAGAUGCAUUCUGCUCGGCAUAUCUUGCCUAGCCCUCCGAGGGGUUAAUGCAUCUUAGAUGUAUCUUAUUAUGGGAGGAAAUGGAAUCAUCACCGAGGUCUACUCAAUGUGCUACAACACUUUUCACUCAAUGCAAAAUAAUAUUGAUCGUGGUUAUUCUAUUCUCCCUCUUAUAUUCCCGAUAUUUCAAUAAUUACCCAAUACACACAGUUGUCGAGAUCCAUUUCGUAAUACACACGGCUUGCGUAGAAGAAAGAAAUGAAUGAAUGGCAAGAUAUAUA